AUGCGCUCUGUCUACGCUGUCGCUCCUCUGGCUUUGGCCCUCCGCGCUGCAGCCACCACCAAGGAUGCUUGGGCUUUCGGCCACGGUUUCUACACUGGACCUCCCUCCAACAGCGCUCACAUCACCAAGGCGACUUGGUCGGUUAUCGCCCCCGGCGUACCUGAGAAUACUACUGUCGAGGACACGAGCGACGAAGUCUGGGUUUCGCUCUGGAUUGGUCUUCAGGCGACUGCUGGCUCGGAUAGCUCCUACCUCUACCAGCCCCUGCUCAAUUGGUCGCCGGAUCAGGAGUCUCAGGGUUGCCCCGCUACCGUUGAAGAGUGGUGUGUUGCUGCUAGCACCUACACACCCAGCGGUCAGCUCGGCCAGGCCUACGUGACUGUUCCUAAGGAUAGCCAAGUGGACUUUGAGGUCACUGUUACCGACAGCAAGGUCACCCAGGUCGUCAGCAUCGACGGCAAGGUCGUUUCCAAGGAGACUGACAAGCUUGACAGCAACUUGCUUUACCUCUACUCCGGUGACGAAUGCUACACUGGAUCUGGUACCUGCGGUACCCAGCCUGGGUACAGCUGGAACAACAUCACCAUCCACCUAAGUGAAGCCGACACCAAGUUCGGUGAGACUCUGUACCUGUACAGCGGCUCUAGCUCUAAUGGACUCACCACCUCUGACGGGGGUAAGACCUGGCACACCGAUGCCAUCAAGAUCGCCAGCGACACCUUCGAGGAUGUCGAGUAA